AUGGCCCUCAGAAAUCAUACCAAGGUAACUGAAUUUAUUUUUUGUGGACUUAGCCAGUCUCCAGAAGUGAGCUUACUCUUAUUUUUCCUUUUAUCUCUGGUUUACGUGAGCACUGUGUUGGCAAAUGUGGCCAUCGUGGUGACCGUGACCUGUGAGUCCUGCCUUCACACCCCCAUGUACUUGCUGCUCCACAAUCUCUCUGUCUUGGACAUCUGCUUCUCCUCCAUCACGGCUCCCAACGUCCUCAUAGACCUUCUUUCCUGGAAAAAGGCCAUCUCCUUCAAUGGAUGCAUCACCCAGAUGUUCUUCUUCCACCUGCUGGGGGGAGCAGAUGUGUUUUCUCUCUCCGUCAUGGCCUUGGAUCGGUACGUGGCCAUCUCCAGGCCCCUGCACUACGUGACCAUCAUGAGCAGGGGGUGCUGCUUAGCCCUCAUCGCGGCCUCCUGGCUGGGGGGCUUUGUCCACUCCAUCAUGCAGAUUUCCCUCUUGCUCCCUCUCCCCUUCUGUGGCCCCAACGUCCUUGACACUUUCUACUGUGAUGUUCCGCAGGUCCUCAAACUCGCCUGCACGGACACCUUCAUGCUCGAGCUCCUGAUGAUUUCCAACAAUGCCCUGGUCACUACUGGGUGGUUUAUCUUCCUGCUUCUGUCCUACACGGUCAUCCUGAUGAUGCUGAGGUCUCACACGGGCGAGGGCAGGAGGAGAGCCAUCUCCACCUGCACCUCCCACAUCACGGUGGUGACCCUGCACUUUGUGCCCUGCAUCUACGUCUACGCCCGGCCCUUCACCGCCCUCCCNNNGGAUAAGCCCGUCCAUGUCACCUUCACGGUCAUCUCCCCGCUGCUGAACCCCGUGAUCUACACCCUGCGGAACCACGAGAUGAAGUCAGCCAUGAGGAGACUCAGGAAAAGACUUGGACCUUCUCAUGAAAUGGACCAGUAG